AUUUAAUUAAGUUUUUGCUCGCUUCGGGAAACUAUCUCGGAACUUCGCUCGGAUCUUAAUUCGCUUACUUUAGAUAUCGUGUAACUCACGCCUUUGCUCUACUUUCCCCCAGAAGUCAACCAUACAGGCAGUGGGUGUGUAAGCUUACGGUGGACGCCAAACACACAUUCCGCACAAUACCGCAGCGCGCUGACUUUGGCGCGAAAGAAUAGUGUAGUGUGAGAUAACGAAAAACAAAAAUCCACGAAAACAAAAGCGGAAGUAAACUCACGAUAUCUGCUGUGGGGUUUAAAAGUGCUAGAAAAGUUUAGCAAACAACGGUGUAACAGCGGGGCACCUGUCAUCAGCACACAGCGUUAAGUUUGAAGUACGAAAGUACCUAGCGCGAAGGUACACAGCGGCACAGCGUUGUGCGGUUUCGGCAGCUCAGAAGAAUAGAAAAAUGUUUCGUAAGACGAUUCUACCUCUAGCUGUCAUUUUAGUGGCAAUUUGGGCCACUGCUCAGGCACAGGAACAGAGUGGUGCAGAAAACGGUGUCGGGCUAACGUUGCAGGAGCAGGCAGCUCAACAUAAGGCGACAGUACUACUGGUGCUAGCGAAUCGUUCCACCAGCCUGCCGGCGGAGAGUGCACCUGCAGUGGCGGUCGUACUGGCGGAGGCAAGCCAACAGCUGGACGCAUGUGCGGCCGAUUUAGAGACGCACCAGCAGAUCUGGCAAUAUAAAAUGUGUGGAUCAACCGUACUUCAGCAGGGGCUAGCAGCACUGUCUGCGCUACAGGUUGCUAAUGGAGCAGCCACGAGUGGCACAUUUUAGAUACCCGCAAGAAGAUUUAAGUAGGAUGAAUUAAAGUGUUGGGUUUCGGGAUGACAAUAAAGGUAUUUGGAAAAGUA